AUGACGGCCGUUUGGAAUCUCUGGGCACUGUUGGUGAUCCUCCUCGCUGAACUUGGUAAAAAAUUCACUGUAAAUUUUGAAGACUGGAGGGCCAACUUGACGACAGUCGACGUAGCACAUUCUCAAAUCACAAUCUACGGUAUUUCAGCCUUAGAAAUGCCAACGACAACCUCAAGUGUUUAUACGCCCAUCGUCUCCGCAACUACCAAUUUCUACAUCGGAGGCGUGAACACAGAAGGCGCGACAACGGUAGUUGAAGAGAUCAUCUACAGCCUCGUCGUCGUCACCAAUCCAACCUCCACUUCGACGGUCAUCUCAAAACUCGACACUGGAUAUGUAACACCGUCGCUGGUCCUUCUGGCAUACAACAAACGGUGUCUGGACAAGAUGGGUAUGUGA